AUUCGAUCGACAAAAACCCGCCGGAAGCCAAAGAAGAAACAACAGCAAACAAAACAAUGAAUACGCUCGUCUGCUUCGCCACCACCAUGUACGGAACAGUAACAACAACACCAGCAACAACACACAAAUAAACAACAAUCGAAUAAACAUUUAAUAAGAAGAAAAAAAACAACAAAUCGAAUAAUAGAAAUAAUAACACAAAAAAAUCUCGCUGCAAUUGAGAACGUAGCGUUUAAGAAAACCCGAAUAAGAAAAAAAAAAAAACACAAAUAAUAAAAGUCAACAAACAAACCGGCCACAAUUUCGCUGAAUAUAUAAAACGUAGUGCCCAGCCAGCCGCCCGUUGACAAUCAUUCAGUUAGCCAAUGUAACACGACAACAAUAGACACGAAGUCUCUUUAGCUUACUGCAUCACAUACCCAGUGUGUAACGGAAAUUCAAAAUAAAUAAAAUUGAAACGGAUUUUUAUGCAACAACAAGAAAGCAAUAAUAUAAAAGGAAUGCCAAUUUAUGUCCUUUAAAAGGAUAGUUGAAAUAAUUUUAAAAGAUUUUUCCAAUUCAAAAUUUGAAUAAGAAAACAAUUUAAGAAAAUUGUUCAGUGAAAAAAUUCCAAUUGUUUUUUUAUUCCCAACGCCAAAAAACCAGCUGGCCAAGUGUAAUCGAUCAACCAUCUUCCAGCCAGCCAGUGAACCAACCGCAAGCACUCACAUCACUUCACUUCGUUUUUUAAAUUGUCGUUGUUUUUCAACUUUUCUCAUCAUCUGAGAAAGCCAAGUGAGAGAAGAAGGAGAGUGAAAAUUGUAUUUUCCAUUCGUCGUGGCGAAUGAGUGCUGACUGCUGUCUGCUUGGCAAAAACAAAUUGAAAAUUGUGUACAACAACAACUAAACAUUUCGCUAAAAAAGCCAUAACAACAUUUAUCAAAAGAAAACAAAAGAAAAAAAAGAUACGUCGGCAAGAAAAUCACCGAAAAGAUAAACAGCCAUAUGUUUCACGAUUUUUUGAUAUUUGCAAUUAAUUACUGUGCUUUACCAUUGAUUUGUUUAACUUAAAGAAGCUGAAGAAGAAAUUUCCACCAGAACCUAAAACACACAAAAAAGAAAACAUAAAUAAAUAAAUUAAUUAAAGAAAAACAUCAAAGAAUUAUAAAAAACGAAAAUCUGUUAUCGGUAACAAUAAAACACACAUUUAUUGCAAUAAUUUGACGCAUUCCGCUCCGCUUAUUAAUUUCAACAUUCACAAGAUUUAUCUACGAAAGAGCAGCAGAUCACCACUCUGUUUACUUUGCAUUCCCAAUCCGACAGAAGAACAACAAAUCGUCGCCACCAUGGAAAUCGAAAAUAUCUCACAAAUGCUACAAAAUAGUCGCACAUUUGCUAAAAAUGAUGCGAUUAUUAUUGAGCCACGAUAUACGCUUUCGGAUUUAUAUCCAAUUACAAGACUCUCACAGAAAAUGGACAGUGUUUUGAAUGUAUCCUCCGCCCCUGCUGUGACAAAAGCCAAAACAGAUGACACAUCCUAUACCGUGGAAUAUGUGACUCAGGAUGAUGCUGAAGCCGUUUUGGAAAUGCUCAAAACAUUUUUCUUCAAGGAUGAACCUCUUAAUACCUUCCUUAACUUGGGCGAAUGCAAGGAACUCGAAGAAUACUCGGUGAAAUGCAUCAAAGACGGUUGCUCCUUCAAGGCAGUGGCUAAAAAUGGUGAAAUUAUUGGUGUCUUUCUUAAUGCCCUUAUGCAUCGGCCAGCAGCUGACGUCGUACCCGAGGCAUCUGCCGAGUCCUGUCAACAUCCUAAAUUCAAGAAAAUUCUACAACUGAUGGAUUACAUUGAGGGUGAUUUUAAUGUUUUCGAUUUAUAUCCCGGCACUAAUACCAUUUUGGAUGGUAAAAUUCUCUCCGUAAAUACCAAUUAUCGUGGUCUUGGCAUUGCGGGACGUCUUACCGAAAGAACCUUGGACUAUAUGCGUGAACAUAAAAUCCCCGUAAUGCAUGUCCUAUGUUCAAGCCAUUAUUCAGCCCGAGUUAUGGAGAAAUUGGGCUUCCAUGAAGUGUAUCGCCUAAACUAUUGUGACUACAAGGUCAAUAAUGAAGCUGUACUCAGACCUGAGCCACCACAUGUUGCUGCCCGUAUACUGGUUAAGGAAAUCACUGAUGUGGUUAAAACCAAACUAUAAAGAGAAGAAGAAAAGACGGCCGGACAAUGCAUGAAAAUGACUAAAAGAGAAAAUGUGAAAAAUUCCCCACCCAUUUGUUAGUUGCAUGGUUGUAUGUAUGUAUACCACCUAGGUGUAUAUGUAGUUUGUAAUAUUUGUAUGUAUGUUGUUGACAAUUUUUUAAUUUAAUUUUUUUUUUGUUUUUUGUUUUCUUAAUACAAAUAAUUAUUUUAUUAUUAUUAUUUAACUAUAAGCACACAAACAUAAAAACUAAAUCAAAAGAAAAAAAAAUAUUUGAAAAUAAUGUGAUUUUAGAUUGAAUUAAGUUUAUUUUUUAUACAUGGUGUCGGUUUAAAUAGAAAAUAUACAUUAUACCUAUAUUAAUAUUUAAGUUUUAAAAUUCACGUGGCCAGUGGUGUUGAUAUGAAAUGUAUGCCAUAUUUUAUUUAAUUGAAAUUUUUGAGAUUUUUGUUUAAAAACCAUUUGUUGUGAUUUUUUCAUUAGUCAUUUUUUUAAAGAAAUUCAAUUUAAUGAUCGGUAAAUUUAUUAAUAAAAUAAAAAAAAAUAAUGGAAAAAAUUUUCCUGUGUGGGAAAAGUUGCAAUGAUUUGCAUUCUAUAUUCAUUAAGUAUGUACAUUCAUCACUGUUAAUUGUUUUAUUUUGUUUUUCAAAGAAAUUCCAAAUAAUUUUUAUUGUUUUCGGUUUGAAGUUGUUGUAUAUUCGCUGUAUAAUUUAUAUAGUUCUAACUGUAAUUGACAUGAUUAUGAUUGAACAUUUUUGUGACUAUUUACAAUAAUAUUGUUAUAUAGCGCAUAUAAAAAUUAUUUUAUAAAUAAUUUCAUUAUGUUUUUUAAUCACAAUAAAUGCCAAAAUAUAAACCGUUAAA